AUUCCCGCCGGGUCAUGUGAUUGAACUACGUCCUCCUAGCUGCAGUCAACUUUCCCAGAGCAGCACGAGCAGCAAAAUCCCAAACAAGCGAACAUGGCGGACUACGAGGAGCGGCAGAGCCUGUUGGGAGACGGGGACGAAGGCUCGUCCACCGGCAGGCACACCGCCGGAGGAGCCGGCAGACCGAUGCUGCCCAUCUGCGACCCCAGCCACAUACUGCACCGAGUGCUUGUCCUGAUAUUCAUGUGCUUCUUGGGAUUUGGAAGCUACUUCUGUUAUGACAACCCAGCUGCACUUCAAACUCAAGUCAUCCAGGAUCUGAGCCUGAACACCAAAGAGUUCAUGCAGCUGUAUGCCUGGUACUCCUGGCCCAAUGUGGUUCUCUGCUUCUUUGGGGGAUUCCUGCUUGACAGGGUUUUUGGCAUCAGGCUGGGAACCAUCAUCUUUUCCCUCUUUGUCUGUCUUGGACAGGUAAUAUUUGCUACUGGAGCUUUGGUAAAUCGUUUCUGGCUGAUGGAAGUUGGACGUUUCGUAUUUGGUAUUGGAGGGGAGUCUUUGGCCGUGGCUCAGAACACCUAUGCAGUCAACUGGUUUAAAGGAAAGGAGCUUAAUCUGGUGUUUGGCCUUCAGCUGAGCAUGGCUCGCCUGGGCAGCACAGUGAACAUGAACAUCAUGGGCUGGGUGUACAGCAAAGUCUCAGACCUCUCUGCCUCUCCUGGACACACCGCACUAGGUGCAUCACUCAUGAUAGCUGCUGUAACCUGCCUGUUCUCACUUCUCUGUGCCUUGGUGUUGGGAUACCUUGACAGAAGAGCAGAGAAGAUCCUCCACAAGGAACAAGGCAAAACAGGUGAGGUGAUCAAGUUGACCGAUGUGAAAGACUUCCCCUUCCCCCUGUGGCUCAUCUUCAUCAUUUGCGUGGCCUACUAUGUCGCAGUUUUCCCCUUUAUUGGACUGGGACAGGUGUUCUUCAUUGAAAAAUUCAACUUCUCCCCGGCUGAAGCCAGAGCUGUCAACAGUAUUGUGUACAUCAUCUCAGCCCCUGCAUCCCCACUUCUGGGCUUCAUGGUCGAUAAGACGGGGAGGAAUGUGGUUUGGGUAAUGAUUGCCGUGGUCGCCACGCUCGCCGCUCACAUGAUGCUGGCCUUCACCUUCUGGAACCCAUGGAUCGCCAUGUCCCUGCUGGGUGUCUCCUACUCCUUACUGGCCUGUGCACUGUGGCCCAUGGUGGCCUUUGUGGUACCGGAGCAUCAGCUGGGGACGGCUUACGGCUUCAUGCAGUCGAUCCAGAACCUGGGACUCGCUCUCGUUGCCAUGGCAGCAGGAGCCAUCCUCGACACCAGAGGAUACCUGUUUUUGGAAAUGUUUUUCUGCAUCUGCCUCUGCUUUGCGCUGAUAGCAGUGGUGAUGCUGUACUUUGUGAAUUAUCUCCGAGGAGGAGAAUUGAACCUGUCAGCCACAGCAAGAGCCAAACUCCAGAAAGAAGCCACUUCAGACGCAGAGUGAUGAUGAUGAUGAUGAUGAUGAUGAGGGAACACAUUGAGUCGUGGGCUUCAGAGCCAGCAGGCUGCACUGUCUACCCCAGAGCUGUCAAUCAACUGCCAUGGGGCGGGACUGCGCUACUGACUCCGCCCAGUGCUGUCACCUGUGACUCUUCCCAUCAGAACUCUGAGCAUCUGACCCCCGGCUAUUACAUAACCAACCUUGUAUAAUAGCUUCUUAUGUCCCUAUCAGGACACUGACAAAUGAAACCGUUUGGACAAGACAGUUCCUCUCUGACCUCUGAUACUGACUUCAUCUCCUCCAAUAGUCACUCUCCACUUUUUCCUGUGUGCGUGUGUGUUAAAAGUUCAGCCUGACGUUUCCUCAGUUACUGGAGAAAGUUAAGAUGCUUCGAACUUUUUUUUUUAAACAUUUUAAAUGUUCAGCAAAAGAUAAGACUUGUAUCCUAUGGACGGACGGACGCACCUUUACAUUUCUCACUCUGUUUCAUUGCAGCCAUUUGCUAAAAUCAAAAAAGUUCAUUUUAUUUCUCAUUAAUGUACACUCAGCACUCCAUCUUAAAAGAAAAAUUUUCUUUGCAAAUUUAUUAAAAAAGAAAAACUGAAAUAUCACAUGGUCAUAAGUAUUCAGACCCUUUGCUCAGUGUUGAGUAGAAGCACCCUUUUGAGCUAGUACAGCCAUGAGUCUUCUUGGGAAUGAUGCAACAAGUUUUUCACACCUGGAUUUGGGGAUCCUCUGCCAUUCUUCCUUGCAGAUCCGCUCCAAUUCCGUCAGGUUGGAUGGUGAACAUUGGUGACAGCCAUUUUCAGGUCUCUCCAGAGAUGCUCAAUUGGGUUUAGGUCAGGGCUCUGGCUGGGCCAGUCAAGAAUGGUCACAGAGUUGUUCCGAAGACACUCCUUUGUUAUUUUAGCUGUGUGCUUAGGGUCAUUGUCUUGUUCGGCCCAGUCUGAGGUCCUGAGCACUCUGGAUGAGGUUUUCUUCCAGGUUAUCGCUGUACUUGGCCGCAUUCAUCUUUCCUUCAAUUGCAACCAGUCGUCCUGUCCCUGCAGCUGAAAAACACCCCCAUAGCAUGAUGCUGCCACCACCAUGUUUCACUGUUGGAUUGUCUUGGGCAGGUGAUGAGCAGUGCCUGGUUUUUUCCACACAUACUGCUUAGAAUUAACGCCAAAAGUUCAA